AUGGAAAGCUCUGGAAACUAUCACCUCCUGUCGAAAUUUACCAGGCUGCGGAAGAGACCUCAACAGCCACUGACGGAUCUGACGGAGUUAUAUGGUAAAAUUGCGAAUGAAACAAUAUUUUACUUGAAACUGGAGGAUCAAAAGAACUAUAAAGGUGCAUUGCAAGGAUGGAAGGCUUUGAACACAGACGUAAUGUACCGCUUAACGGUGAUCGAGCACGAGUAUCCUAACGUGCAAUCAUAUACUAGGGAAGAACUUAAUAUAAAGUCAGGUCUACGAGAACUGUAUAAUAAGAGUCUUGACCAUUUGGAGAGGGUCAAAGCAUUAUAUCAGGAAGAUGAGGUAAGAACCAAAAGUGCAACCUCGACUACAAGGACUUCAUCAAAGCACACUGUAACGGCACCUGACAGUCGAAAAUCAUCAUUCAACAGGAGGCCUCCUAUGUUUCGUGAGAGUGCUACCCCUUUAUCCUCGAGGAAAAUGGCUACGACGCUACGGGAUCCUAAACUUAAAUCGCUCAGAGCCUAUAAUCAGCCAUCAACGAACGACUUCCGCUCAAGCGGUUCCAAAGUUCAAAGUCGCAACAAGGUUAAUUUCACUCCAUCUAAACCACUAAUAAAAGCUAACCAAGUUAGAAAAGAUGAUCAGAACCAAUUUGAGGACUUUGAUGAUAAUAUUGACCUCAUAGUUUUAGCUCAAGAGUCUGAAGGAGAGGAAGACGGAGAGGAAGACGGAGAGGACCGGCAAAGAGACCAAUAUAAAGUCACUAGCCCACUAUCUGAUCAGUUUGAAUUCGAUGUCGAGGACUAUUAUGGUAGCUUAAUGGACGAAUCUGGUAGUGGAGAUGAUGAUUAUGCUUUAAAUGACCUUGAGGAGAAUACAACAAAUCUUUCAAUUAAUUCUUCUCCUCUUGAUGUUAAAACAAACAUUUCAGCUCCUGAACUCCCUGUUAUAAAGUCUUCAGAAGUACCGACGCCUACAUUUGCCAAUAUAAUAAAAAACAGACCUCCAAUUCCCAGCGCUGCCCCGCCAUCUCUCCCGCAUCAAACACCAUCUUCUGCAGGUAUUCCACUAUUUUCAGAAUCUAAGCCCUCGAAGAAUACCAGUAGAGCAGCUACAAUCAAAAGUGAAGUCGAUAAAUCCUUUGUUCUGCAUAAUCCUACUAGCGUUUCUUCUGAUAACGUUAUUUCGAAAAAGACAAAGCCAGUCUCCAAAACCAUUCCAGGUUUACGCUUGAAAGCGACCAAAUCAACUUCAGCAUUAGCGCCCAAACAAGCAAUUGUGCCAUCUCUUCCAACUAAGGCUAAAGUAGCUAGUUCCUACGAGAAGAGACCUCAAGUAGCCACUGAGGCGGCCAAACUAGUGCUGGGAACGAAGCCCGAACAGGUAAGGAGAGUUCUUCCAAAAAAGAACUCCCUAACUUCAUCAACGUCGACUUUCAAAAAAACUCAGUCUCGAUCUACAGUUGGGAGUCGCCCUUCUACUGCCAGACCUAAAAAAGAUUUGGGCUCCUCUGCACACAUCAAAAGCGUACAGGUCGGUGGAAAUGGGAAGGCAAACUCAAUGAAUUCACUGAUUUCAAACGAAUCGUCUUCUCAUUCAAAAGGACAAACCAGAGAAAAAUCAGCGCCACCUCCUGAAGUUCCAUUGGCAGAAGAUAAGAGGCAAGAACCUGAGUUCAACGGAAGUCAGCUAAAGGAGGUUCUCGAGAACGAAAUUAUCGAAUCUCUACAAGGUGUCGAUAAGACUGCCGCUAAGCAAAUCUUCGCUGAAAUUGUUGUGCGUGGUGAUGAGGUGCAUUGGGAUGAUAUUGCGGGAUUAGAAAGUGCCAAAAGCUCACUGAAAGAAGCAGUCGUAUAUCCUUUUCUGAGGCCAGAUCUUUUCCGUGGUCUUAGGGAACCUGUGAGAGGAAUGCUUUUGUUUGGACCACCUGGUACUGGUAAAACAAUGUUAGCACGAGCUGUUGCUACAGAGUCUCAUUCAACUUUCUUUUCUAUAAGCGCGUCAAGUUUAACAUCAAAAUAUCUCGGUGAAAGUGAGAAGUUAGUGCGCGCUCUGUUCGCUGUAGCGAAAAAACUAUCACCAUCAAUUGUUUUCGUCGAUGAAAUCGAUUCUAUCAUGGGCAGUCGAGACAAUGAGGGAGAGAACGAGUCCAGUCGCAGAAUUAAGAACGAGUUUCUCAUCCAGUGGUCAUCUUUGUCCAGUGCUGCGGCCGGGAAUACUCAUAGCAAUGCUGAUGGUGAUGACGAUGAAAGAGUGCUAGUAUUGGCAGCCACAAAUCUACCGUGGUCAAUAGAUGAGGCAGCCAGAAGAAGGUUUGUAAGAAGGCAGUAUAUACCACUCCCCGAGCCAGAGACCAGAAGCGCACAAUUGAAAAGACUUCUAUCAUAUCAGAAGCACACAAUGGCAAAUGAGGACUUCCUAGAAUUACUCAAUUUGACAGAUGGGUUUUCGGGCAGUGAUUUGACUUCUUUAGCAAAAGACGCAGCAAUGGGACCACUGAGAGAGUUAGGAGACAAGCUUCUCCUGACACCAACCGAGCUGGUGAGACCCAUAACCCUGGACGACUUCAAGAGCAGUCUCAACUAUAUCAAGCCGUCUGUUUCACAAGAGGGACUACAGAAAUACGAAGACUGGGCGUCUAAAUUCGGAUCCUCCGGAGUUUAA